UCAAGGUUAUGUACAAAAACCUAAAACCCUUAAACCUUUUGGUCUGCUUUUCGAAUUCUCUCAGAAAAACAAUGGCUUUUCGUUGCGGAUCAUUUUCGAGGUCGCUGAUAUCCACCGUGAGAGUAUCAACAGCACGUACCUCCUCAUCCCUGCCCCGACUCCCAUCACCACCACUUCGCAGCCACCACCUUCACUCUCGCCGCCUGCUCUCCAACAACCCCAGGACUCUCGGAGUGUUUGGGUGCGCGCAAUCGCUGCUACCUCUGCACAGCGUCGUGGCAUCCUCUCGUCUGACAUCGCACAUCACCGUCGAGGCUCGGGCGUGUUGCGAGUUGUCUCAGGGUACUUGAAUUGAUUAUUGGUUCAGCAUGCCAAGUGCUAUGCUAUGUGCGAUCUGAAGAACUUUUUGUGGUGAAUCCUCUUUGAAAGUGGGAGGUUGGUUUUGAUUUGUUGUUCUCAAAAGAACUUAGUUACAUUAAGAGACUGUUUUACGAUUUCACUAUUUAAUUAUUUUUGAACUGUGAUAAUUACUGGUUCUUCAUGCUUUCUGCUUGUAAAACUCAUGGGCUCUUGCUUCAUCUUUGCAAUUGAUGGUAUAUUGGCCAUA